AUGUCAUCAGCAGAAAGAGGACCUGUUGCACUUUCAAUCGAAACCAAAAUUACCGAAGCAUUGUCACCAUCAGUGUUGGAGAUCAUUAACGAAUCUUCCAAGCAUGCUCAUCAUGCUCCCAUGAAGGGCAACACAAACCCAGAAACUCAUUUCAAUUUGACCAUUGUAUCAGACGCUUUUGUAGGCCAGCCCUUGAUGAAGCGUCACAGACUAGUGUAUGCACUUUUGGACCAUGAAUUAAAAACAGGAUUGCACGCGUUGGUCUUGAAGACCAAGACAAAUGCUGAGUACGAGAAAGAUUUGGCAAAACAACAACAAUAAUGAUAAUAAAAUAAAACACACACACACAC